AUGGGGAAGGAGGAGAGGAGGGUCCGGGCCAAUGACAGAGAAUACAACGAGAAGUUUCAGUAUGCGAGUAACUGUAUUGUGACGUCUAAGUACAACGUCAUCACCUUUCUGCCCGUCAACCUGUUUGAACAGUUCCAGGAAGUGGCCAACACCUACUUCCUCUUUCUGCUCAUACUGCAGUUGAUUCCUCAGAUCUCGUCUCUCUCCUGGUUCACCACCAUAGUGCCUUUAGUCCUGGUGCUCAGCAUCACUGCAGUAAAGGAUGCCACCGACGACUACUUCCGUCACAAGAGUGACAACCAGGUGAACAACCGCCAGUCUCAGGUCGUCAUCCACGGCUCUCUUCAGAAGGAGAAGUGGAUGAAUGUAAGAGUGGGUGAUAUCAUUAAACUGGAGAAUAACCAGUUUGUUGCAGCUGACCUUCUCUUACUGUCCAGUAGUGAACCUCAUAGCCUCUGUUACAUCGAAACCGCAGAGCUAGACGGGGAGACCAAUAUGAAGGUGCGUCAGUCUCUGUCUGUGACUGCAGAGCUGGGAGACCCCAACAACCUGGCCUCUUUUGAUGGUGAGGUGGUCUGUGAGCCUCCCAACAACAAGCUGGACAGGUUCUGUGGUCUUCUGUGCUGGAGAGACUGUAAAUACCCCCUGAGCAACCACAACAUGUUACUACGAGGCUGUGUCCUCCGCAACACAGAGACCUGCUACGGACUGGUCAUCUUUGCAGGCCCAGACACCAAGCUGAUGCAGAAUAGUGGUCGCACCAAGUUCAAACGCACAAGCAUUGACCGCCUCAUGAACACACUGGUGCUCUGGAUCUUUGGCUUCAUGGUGUGUAUGGGUGUGAUCCUGGCUGUGGGGAACGCUGUGUGGGAGAGAGAGGUGGGUUCUCUGUUCCAGAGUUACCUGGCCUGGGACCUGCCUGUAGACAACUUCCUAUUCUCUGCUUUCCUCUCCUUCUGGUCCUACGUCAUCAUUCUCAACACCGUGGUGCCCAUCUCACUCUACGUCAGUGUGGAGGUGAUUAGGCUGGGUCAUAGUUACUUUAUAAACUGGGACAGGAAGAUGUUCUGUCCACAGUGUAACACAGCAGCUGAAGCCAGGACCACCACUCUCAACGAGGAACUGGGACAGGUGGAGUACAUCUUCAGUGACAAGACAGGAACUCUCACUCAAAACAUCAUGAGCUUUAGCAAGUGCUCUAUCAAUGGACAUGCCUAUGGUGAGGUGAUCGACCCGUUGGGAGCACAGCUAAAGAGGUUAGACUUCUCCUCCUUCAACCCCCUGGCGGACCCUGACUUCUGUUACUAUGACAACGGUCUGCUGAAGUCGGUGAAGCUGGGAGACCUUCACAGCCACGAGUUCUUCCGGCUGCUUUCUCUCUGUCACACCGUCAUGAGUGAGGAGAAGAAGGAGGGAGAGUUGAUGUAUAAGGCUCAGUCUCCAGAUGAGGGUGCGUUGGUGACAGCAGCCAGGAACUUUGGUUUUGUGUUCCGGUCUAGAACCCCUGGUACUGUCACUGUGACAGAGCUGGGCCGACCCGUCACAUACACACUGCUGGCCAUCCUCGACUUCAACAACAUCCGCAAGAGGAUGUCCGUUAUAGUGCGUAACCCCGAGGGGAGGAUCCGUCUAUACUGUAAAGGAGCUGAUACUCUGCUGUUUGAGAGGCUCCACCCCUCCAACCAUCACCUGAUGAAUAUCACAACAGAUCACCUUAAUGAGUAUGCUGGGGACGGCCUGCGGACCCUGGCCCUGGCCUACAGAGACCUGUCAGAGGAGCAGUGGGAGGAGUGGUCAGAGAGACACCGCCAAGCAGACAGAGCUACAGACUGUAGAGAGGACAGACUGGCUGACAUAUAUGAACACAUAGAACAGGACAUGAUGCUCCUGGGAGCCACAGCCAUAGAGGAUAAGCUACAGGAGGGAGUUCCUGAGACCAUCGCUAUCCUCUCUCUUGCUAACAUCAAGAUUUGGGUCCUCACGGGAGACAAACAGGAGACAGCAGUUAAUAUAGGUUACUCCUGUAAGAUGCUGACUGGUGAUAUGACUGAGGUGUUCAUCAUCAGUGGAAACACAGUGCUGAGUGUUAGAGAGGAACUCAGGAGAGCGAGGGAGAGGAUGAUAGAGUUUGCCCGUACGAGAGAGGGAGGAAAGGAGGAGGGGAUGGAGGGAUGGGGCGAGGCCUGUUCUCUGGGGAAUGGGUUUGGGGGAGACGGGGGAGGAGAGGGGAGAGAGUGGCCCUCUGUGGGGGACAAACAGCAGCAAUGUCCCCCUCCCCCUGGCCCUCCCGCCCCUCGACCCCCCUCCUCAACCACGCUAGACUCCAUAUCUGGAGAGUUCGCCCUCGUCAUCAACGGACAUAGCCUGGCCCAUGCGUUGGAGGCUGAUAUGGAGGGGGAGUUUGUGUCAACAGCGUGUGUCUGUAGAGCAGUGAUCUGCUGCAGGGUGACUCCUCUACAGAAAGCCCUGGUGGUGGAGCUCAUCAAGAAACACAAGAAAGCUGUCACCCUGGCCAUAGGAGACGGGGCUAACGAUGUUAGCAUGAUCAAGACGGCUCAUAUAGGAGUGGGCAUCAGUGGUCAGGAGGGCAUCCAGGCAGUGCUGGCAUCUGACUACUCCUUCUCCCAGUUCCGCUUCCUCCAGCGCCUGCUGCUGGUCCACGGACGCUGGUCCUACCUCCGCAUGUGUCGCUUCCUCUGCUACUUCUUCUACAAGAACUUUGCCUUCACCAUGGUGCAUUUCUGGUUCGGCUUCUUCUGUGGCUUCUCUGCCCAGACAGUAUAUGAUCAGUACUUCAUCACUCUCUAUAACAUCGUCUACACCUCUCUCCCCGUGCUGGCCAUGGGAAUAUUUGACCAGGACGUCCCAGAGCAGCGUAGUCUGGAGUAUCCUAAGCUGUAUGAGCCAGGUCAGCUUAACCUGCUGUUCAACAAGAGAGAGUUCUUCAUCUGUAUAACCCAGGGUAUCUACACUAGUGUUGUGUUGUUCUUCGUACCCUACGCCAUCCUGUCCCACGGAACCCAGGGCACCGGGGAACCCCUCGCUGACUACCAGACCUUUGCUGUUACCACAGCCACCGCCCUGGUGAUCGUGGUCAGUGUGCAGAUUGCUCUGGACACAGGCUACUGGACAGCCAUCAACCAUUUCUUUGUGUGGGGCUCUGUGGGCACCUUCUUCACCAUCAUGUUGGCUAUGCACAGCCAGACUCUGUUCAGCAUCUUUCCCAACCAGUUCCACUUCGUAGGCAGUGCCCAGAGCACACUGGUCCAGCCGCUGGUGUGGCUGACCAUCGUCUUGGCCACAGUGAUCUGCAUCGUUCCAGUUCUGGCAUUCCGAUUCCUCAAACUGGACCUGAAACCACAGCUCUCUGACACGGUGCGUUACACCCAGCUGGUGCAUCAGAAGACGAGGAAGCCAGCGGGUCGAUGCAUGGGAGGAGUCAGGGGCGGGGUCGGGGGCGUGCCUGACGGUCGUCUGGGGGCAAGGGGCGGGUCCAGGAGGUCAGGAUAUGCCUUUGCCCACCAGGAGGGCUUUGGGGAGCUCAUCACCUCUGGGAAGAACAUGAGACUGUCCUCCCUGGCCCUGGCCAACUUUGCCUCCAGACACAGCUCCAGCUGGAUAGACACCCUGCGCAGAAAGAAGCACUCAAACACACAUCCCCCGCAGAGCGCCUCAGGAGAGAGCAGCCCGGCACCUAGCUAUGUGUCGGGAUCGGCUCCCCCCCUGUCCAAUUCAUCCUCUCUCCUGGGAGGGUCGCAGGAUACUCCCCUGGAGGAGGGAACACACACGCUGCCUGUCAUACUCCCACAGGUGGCUUCUGGCCCUCCCACAAACACACCUCCAGCGUUAGCUCCAGCCCAGGUCCCCUCUGCUGACGCUCUCACCCCCACCUCGGUGAGGAGUCCUGGGGGAGACUCGGUUGGUGGCUGGAACCUUAGUCUGGGCGCUGUACAGGAUGCUCUAUUUGGUUGGAGGGGAGGCGCCUCUCGCACCAGCGGAACCAGCAGCCCGGGACCUCCCCUUGUUCCCAAGGAAACCAACCACACCGUGUGAGACGGACAGGCAGAUGAUAGAAAGAAGAAGGACAGGCUGUCAUAUCCCACUGGAUUCUCUUGGAAUACGUGAAGAAAUACUACAUUUGGAAGUUUGUAAUACUGAAGUUGGAAUGUUGGAAUGGCACUCACCCUGGGUUAGGAAGAGAUCCAAAGUGGCAGCCAUUGUAGGCGGAAGGCAUACACACCCAUCAACACACACGGGCAUUUGUAUGACACUGUCGUUGCAAUAGGGUUGGUACAUAUAUGUAUCCGUCUGAAAGAUAGUGUGUGGUAGUUGUGAUAGACAUGCUCAGACUACCCACAACCCACUUCUCUGUCUUCUUCAACCAAUGAGGCAGGCUGAAAGAAGCACUUUUUCAUGCAAAUGAUGUAACCAUCUGCUGAAGAGCUUGGUACCACAGGGAUCCGGAGAGAAACCCCGCUCCAACAACACCGCUGUGGGUCAGACAUGACUAUACUAUUUAUACAAUGGAUCAUAUGUCAUAACAUCGUAUCAGAUUGGUUCAAAACAAAGUAUUGAAUUGAGUCUUUAUGACAGAAGAGAGAUUCAUUUGAUCGUCAGAAAGGUGGUGAAUUGAGUCUUUAUGACAGAAGAGAGGUUCAUUUGAUCGUCAGAAAGGUGGUGAAUUGAGUCUUUAUGACAGAAGAGAGGUUCAUUUGAUCGUCAGAAAGGUGGUGAAUUGAGUCUUUAUUACAGAAGAGAGAUUAAUUUGAUCGUCAGAAAGGUGGUGAAUUGAGUCUUUAUGACAGAAGAGAGGAUAAUUUGAUCGUCAGAAAGGUGGUGAAUUGAGUCUUUAUGACAGAAGAGAGAUUCAUUUGAUCGUCAGAAAGGUGGGGAAUUGAGUCUUUAUGACAGAAGAGAGAUUAAUUUGAUCGUCAGAAAGGUGGUGAAUUGAGUCUUUAUGACAGAAGAGAGGUUCAUUUGAUCGUCAGAAAGGUGGUGAAUUGAGUCUUUAUGACAGAAGAGAGGUUCAUUUGAUCGUCAGAAAGGUGGUGAAUUGAGUCUUUAUGACAGAAGAGAGGUUCAUUUGAUCGUCAGAAAGGUGGUGAAUUGAGUCUUUAUGACAGAAGAGAGAUUCAUUUGAUCGUCAGAAAGGUGGUGAAUUGAGUCUUUAUGACAGAAGAGAGUUUCAUUUGAUCGUCAGAAAGGUGGUGAAUUGAGUCUUUAUGACAGAAGAGAGAUUCAUUUGAUCGUCAGAAAGGUGGUGAAUUGAGAUGAAAUAGCAGAAUGAGUGGUUUUUAUGAUCAGCUGUUGUUAGACAUAGUACUCCAAUACACCUGUCUGUAUCCAGCUGUUAACCAAUCAUAAACAUGUCUUUAAUAGGCCAAGUAAUGCUGUCUACCUUCUCUAAUAAUGUAUGACACAGUGUAAACCAAUGCAGCAGUGUAGAGCUGUCCCUCUAACCUGUACAGUCUGUAUGAGGAAUGUCUCUGGAACCUUAUCAGUGGUCCUGGUGUUUGUAUUCAUGAUUACAUAUUGCUGUGUCACCAUGCCCAAAGGCUUAGUCAAACCAGACAGGCUGCACGAUCCUACACUCUUAUGGGUACAUACUACUGUACAUUCUCUAUCUGUCUGCCUGACUGUCUGUCUGACUGACAUUUUCACAUACAUAGUCCGUCUGUUGUUUUAGCCAAUAACUUGGCAGGACACUGAGGGGUUCAGUCAGCCAACCAAUGACUGAAGAAUGCAGGAUGCUGUCCUUGCUGGAAUGUUGUAGUAUAUGUCAUUAUAAGUUCAUGGGCAGAGUUUCUGUGUUCACCAUAGUUCUCAGUGAGAACGCCAUUUUAACCUUACAGGACACAGCAAGACUCCUCUUCAUCAUGUUCUUCCUCAUUCUCCUCCACUGCACCAUAUUGGUGACCUGCUGCUGGGCCCACAGACAGAACUACAGUUAUAUCUCAGACUCUGAGCCAUACCCGUACUGGGCUUAAGAGAGAGGAGAUGGACUUCUAACAAAAACCUGGACCUCCAUGUUGCUCUAUGGCGUCCAUGUUGCUUUGGGGCGGACUGAGUGUGUGGGAAAAGUAUGCUAAUAUGUGCUUAUGCAGUCAGACAGUAACCUGUAGUUACCUAGAGACUGAGCUGGUCUAGGAACAGGAGAAUGUGUUAAUGAAUGGAGGCUUGGGAGGGAGGGAUCAGGGAUAUUAUUAUUAAGCCUUAAUAAAUCCACAGUAAUGAUGAUCAACCCAAUUCAUCCCUCUACUAGGCAUGUCAUCAUGUAACGUACUCCUUCUAUACAGCAGGGGCAAACAAACCCAGUCCUCCAGGGCCACUGGAAUGAUGCUUUCACUGUUGUACUCUACAGCAUACAGCUUCUGGUUAGAAAGAUAUAGGGUGAAACUAGGUGAGACAGCUGUUGUACUCUACAGCAUACAGCUUCUGGUUAGAAAGAUAUAGGGUGAAACCAGAUGAGGCAGCUGUUGUACUCUACAGCAUACAGCUUCUGGUUAGAAAGAUAUAGGGUGAAACCAGAUGAGGCAGCUGUUGUACUCUACAGCAUACAGCUUCUGGUUAGAAAGAUAUAGGGUGAAACCAGAUGAGACAGCUGUUGUACUCUGCAGCAUACAGCUUCUGGUUAGAAAGAUAUAGGGUGAAACCAGAUGAGACAGCUGUUGUACUCUACAGCAUACAGCUUCUGGUUAGAAAGAUAUAGGGUGAAACCAGAUGAGGCAGCUGUUGUACUCUACAGCAUACAGCUUCUGGUUAGAAAGAUAUAGGGUGAAACCAGAUGAGACAGCUGUUGUACUCUGCAGCAUACAGCUUCUGGUUAGAAAGAUAUAGGGUGAAACCAGAUGAGACAGCUGUUGUACUCUACAGCAUACAGCUUCUGGUUAGAAAGAUAUAGGGUGAAACCAGAUGAGACAGCUGUUGUACUCUGCAGCAGUGGUAUUCAAAGUCUGGGUCGC